AAACCCACGUCUAAUAUUAGUUCGUUACAAUACACCCAACAGCCGUCGCCGCCACCAUGCCCAUGUCCACCCAUGACACGGUCUUUGUGGAGCCGGCCGUUAGCACCAGCAGCGGUGGCAGCAGCUCCAGUAUAAAUCGCGUAGGAGUCGGCGGUGGUCCCCAGCCGCCGCCCCCCCACAUCGUCAUCGAUGGCAGCAGCCUCUCCACCCAGGCGCAGCUUCAGCGGAUCAUGCAGCGCCGCAUGUCGAUCAGCACCCGGCAGAUCCUCAGCGCCAGCCAGGGCCAGCCCCAGACGGUGAUGAAUUCGACCCAGAAAUACGCAGUGCGUACAGCGACCGGGACCACGACGGCUGCUACUGCGCCUGGCCCAGGCCAGGAGCUAAUCAAUCCUCAAAUCUACAAGAUCGUGACCACCGACGGCAGCACCAGCAACGUCAUCAUCGAUGCCUCGGCGGCCACCCCGCCCCACAACUCCAAGCUGCUGCUCAGUAAUCUCACGGUGCUCUCCAAGGGUGCGCCAGGUGUUCCAGGAGGUGCUCAACAGCAACAGCAGCAGCUCAACUACCUGACCGCCAAGGGCCUACCGUACGUCACAGCCUCGCCUGCCAAGCAGUCGGCCCAGCAUCAGCCCCAGAAGUUCGGAAGCAUUGGUGCCUUCAAGGCGCAGCAACAGCAGCAGCAGCAGCACCCCCAGCACGCCACCCUGCAGAAGGUGACUCUGGGCUCCAGGGUGGCCACUCGCCUGCAGUCGUAUGUCCCGGCCACGCCGCCGCAGAUAAUCGUCCAGCCGGCGCAGCCCAAGUAUGUGAAUGCCACGGCCACCGCGGUGGCCGGCAAUGCGGCGUUGCUGAAGAAGGCGAGCCAGAAGAUCAUGGUCAAGAGCGUGGGCAACAUGCUGCAGCAUCAACAGCAGCAGCAACAGCACCAAAUACAGACGCAGCAGCUCAAGACUUUCAUCACCCAGCAGCAGCAGCAACAGCAGCAGCAGCAGCAGCAACAGGCCUACAAGACGGUCGGUGGCCCGAAGGCAAAGUUCGUGAAACAAACGACAGCCCUCUCCAUCGCCGCCAUGCCCCAGCAGCACCAGCAGCUGCAGCCGGCGACGUACAUCAAGCAGCCCAUGGUCACAGCCUCACCCACGCCCGCCAAGGUCACCAAGCUGAACAGCAAGUAUGUGCAGCAGCAAAUCAGCCUGCCGCAGGGAACGCAGCUGCAGCACAAAACCUCGCCCAGCGGCGGCACCGGGUACGUGCUCCAGCAGGGGCAGGCCACCUCGGCCGCCGGCAGUGGCACCAUCAAGUUCGUCAACUCGCACGGCACCGUCAUCCAGCAGCAUCCGCAGCACCAGCCGGCCACCAAGCGCACCCACUACAACAGCGGCGGCAGCAGCGACAACGAUUCGCAUGCCGGGGCGGCGGCCAACUCGUCCUCGCUGAUCACCGACGACGUCAUGAUCGUCAACGGCACCCAGAUGACGGACGAGCUGUCGGCGCGCAUUCUCCAGAGCAUGGCCCAGAAGUCGUUCAGCCAGCAGCAGCAGCGAUACCAGCCGCCGCAGCCAGCCUCCGCCAACAGCCACAUGCCACCGCCUACCCAGAUCCUCUACAGCAGCGGUAGCGGCAGUGGCGGCACCAGUGCCACCAGCAGCAACGGCAUAAUGACCAGCAGCCCGGGGGCUAGUGCUCCUGGCAACCUACUCCUGGCCCAUUACCAGUCAGCCGGCUCGAAAGUGUCCUCGCCCUCGUACCUCACGGUGUCCGGCUCCCCAACCGCGCCGGUCACUGUGGCGGCCACGCCGUCGGUGAGCAUUUCGUCGCAUGGCUUUGCCAGUGGAAGCGCCGCCAUCUCGUCCUACAUGUCCUCGGCGACGGCGGCGCGGCGCCAGUCGGUUAGUGCGCCCAGCAGCCGGUCGGCAUCGCUGGAGCGGAAGAACCAAGCGCUCCAGCAGCAGCACGAGGCGAUGAGCGUGGCCAGGAAGGUGCCGACGGUCAUCGAGUAUUACAACAAGCAUGGUGCCAACAGCAGCAACCUGACCCACAGCAGCAGCCUAAGUAAUUUGGGACCCGCGAGGAACAGCACUACAUUCAGCACUACCACGAAUAUAGCCGCGGCACCGGCUCCUCUUCACCUGGCCCCCGUAAACCCAGUCCACGUGGAGACAGCGCCCCAGUCCCCGGCCGUGGUGAAGGCGCCUCCCCAAGCGUCGGCCCAGCAGCUGGUUCAGUUAAGUGCCCACGACGAGGAGCUGUACAUCGAGGAGGUGCGACCAGUGCCCGUGCUCACGCAGGAUUUGCGGCUGCAGCAGCUGCACGCCAUUAUGCAGGACCACACCUACGCCUCCCAGCAGCAGCAGCAGCAGCAACCACCACAGCCAUCUGCAGCUUCUAGCGCAGCGACGACCCCGGGAGCGGCACAGCAACCACAGCAGUGGUCGUUGGGCGGCAUAGGAGUGACAGUGGCGGGAGCCCAACCAGUUCCCGCUGUUGGAGGCACGUAUGCCAACUUCUAUGGCCAGCAAAUUCCUCGCCAUGUGACGGACGAUGAUGCCCAUUCGGCCAUUAGCAGUAGCUCCCGAUUGGGUCUGGCCAGCGCCGACAUUGAUCCUGGAGAGGAGACGGAAACGGCACCCGAGGCAGAACCGGAGGACGACUCUGUGACGCGCUGCAUCUGUGAGCUGACCCACGACGAUGGCUACAUGAUAUGCUGCGACAAGUGCUCAGCCUGGCAACAUGUGGACUGCAUGGGCAUCGACCGCCAAAACAUCCCCGAGGAGUACAUGUGCGAACUGUGCCAGCCGAGGGCGGUGGACAAGGCGAGAGCCCGCGCCCUGCAGCGUCAGAAGCGCAAGGAGCACAUGAUGCUGGUGGCCACCCAGGCAGCUAAUGGAGUGGCGGCUGUGGCGGCCGGGACGACUUUCAGCAGUGGAGGUACUCUCGGCGGCACACCGGCCAUUUCGGAUGAGAUGCAGCAGCGCCUGGCCUCUGGCUUGAAUGGCGGCUAUGCGACGGGCACCGGCAUGUCCAAGAAGUCGAAGAAGACCAAAGACGGGAUCAGCGGAGGGGCUAGCAUAAAGAAGAGCAAGAAGAGCGGGGCUGGCGGCGACAAGAGCGGAAACUCCUCGCUGCAGUCCAGCGGGAAGACCGGAAAGAAGAACAGCAAGCGCAAGAGCAAGUCCGGUGGCGAUGGAUCCAGUGGCGGAGGCAGCAGUCCUGCGCUGACGGCGGCGGAGAAGCAUGCCGCCAAUCUGCGCCAGUGGAUUGAGAACUACGAGUACGCCGUGACCAACCACUACUCGCCGGAGCUGCGCGCCCGCCUGCACGCCAUCCAGAAGCAGCCGAGUCUGCUGCAGAGCAUCCAGAACACGGAGAACAAGGCGCUCCGCCAGAUUCAGCAGCAGAUGUCGGGCGGCGGCGUAGGCGACCAGCUGCCAUUGGAGCAGCGGGCGCAGCUCAUCCCCUACGCGGGCGCCAAGGUUCUGAUCAGCAGUGUAGAGCUGGCGCCCAAUGCGCCCAUCCACGAGCUGCGCGGAAAGUACAUGCUGACCACCCAGUUCCGAACCCAGAACCCCACGAUUAACAUGAACACUCCUCCGCCCAACAACUACCUGACCAGCUUCAAGGCCCACAAGACGCCCGGCCAGUUCGUGUUCUUCUACCAGCUGCCGGGAGUGGAGGCGCCGAUGCAGACGCUGCGGGCGGACGGCAGCGUGCCCCUGGCGGCCCAGCAGCCACCCUCCUACCUGAAGGGUCCGGAGGUGUGCGUGGACACGAGAACGUACGGAAACGAUGCGAGAUUCGUGCGACGCUCAUGUCGGCCGAACGCCGAGCUCCAGCAUUAUUUCGAGAAGGGAACCCUGCAUUUGUACAUUGUGGCGCUGACCCACAUCCGAGCCCAGACGGAGAUCACGGUGCGACACGAGCCGCACGACCUGGCCGCCGUGGAGCAGAAGAAGUCGCACGCCUCUGUGGUCCAGCCGACGAGCACGCGGUGUGCCUGCGACCUGGGCAGCGACUGCCUCUUCGCCUUGCCGCUGGCUGUGCAGCAGCAGCUCCAGGCUCCACCCACCCAGCCGAGGAGCAGUCACCGGAACAAGUCCUCGGCGGCCGUCAACAGUGCGGCGGCCAUUCAACUGACCAUGGGCUUGGGAGUGGGGGUCGGACCGGGAGCGGUGCCAGGUGGCCUGCCGGGCUCCAGGAAUCGGUCCACCUCCUCCAGCGGCGAGAGCAGCCAGAUGGGCCUGAACAGUCCCCAGCUGGGGCAACUGAAUCUGGGCUUCAAGCCAUCCCCGACGGCAGGCACUCUGACGGGACCAGUGACGGGCGUGCUCUGCAACAGUGCCGGCAGCAGCAGCAGCACCGGCAGCAACAACUCCUGCUCGGCGUCCAUGUCCAGUGUGCUGCACGACUCGGGCAUCUGCACCUCCUCCUCGUCGCCUUCAGUGUCCAUACCAUCGCCCACGCCAGCGCAGCUGCAGUCCCCCACCCUGCAGCACCAGCAGCAACCGCAGAUGUCCCUCCUGCAGAGGAGUCCAACGCAGCAGCAGCAACAGCAGCAGAUCUUGGCUGCUCUGCCCACCCCGAUGCUCACCCCCAUGCUGUCGCCCCAGUUGCCCAAGCCCCUGCAGCAGCAUGUGGUGCUGCCCACGCCGCACCAGCCAUCCCUGCUGCAGCCACACCACCACCAGCAACAGCAUCAACAAGCUCAGCUGAAGCACCACCAGAAUCAGAAUCAGCACCAGAACCAGCUCCAGCCGCAGCAUCAAGAGCCCCUGGCCGUGAUCGCAGCCGCUGCGGCAGCCCAGCAGCCCAUGGCCACGUGUAUUGUGCGGCAGUCUCCGCAGCAACAAUCUCCGAAGGCCCCACAGCCCCAACAGCCACAGGUGGCACCUCAUCAGCCACCACAGUUCGUCAGCAACGUGCCGCAGAAGCAGCAACUCCAGCAACACCAGUACAUGGCAGACGAGGCCAGGAUGGCGGUCAGUGCCUUGCAGAGCUUGCAUGCCACGCCCACGUCGCAUGUGUCUGCGCCCAUCAAGGUGACAGUCCAGCCCCAGCAGCAGGCCCAUCCCCAACAGCAACAGUUGCAACAACCGCAUCCUCCUCAGUCGCCCCAGAAACAGCAACAGAUUCUCUACCCAGCUGGAGUCCAGACCAUUCAGGUGACCACACAGGCAAAGGUCACCACACCCACAAAGGUGGCCACGCCCACGAAGAGCUCCCCCGUUGUCAACAACAACAACAGCGUGGGAGGAACCAUGUCGGCCAAGAAGACGCCAGCCAAGCAGGCGGCUGUGGCGAAUGUUACCACGCCAGGAUCAGCCGCUUCUUCGCCAGCCGACUCAAAGGAUGAAGACUUGUCCAGCGCAGGAACCACGCCCACCACUCGCACCCCCGCCAAGGACAAGCCCAAGCAGUCGCGGGAGGACCGCAAGCUGGAGGCGAUCCUGCGGGCCAUCGAGAAGAUGGAGAAGCAAGAGGCUCGCGGGAAGAAGGAGACCCGGCAGAGCACCUCCUGCAAGCGGCAGGCCAGCAACUCGCCCGCCUCGCCCAACAAGCGCAGCAACUCCAACUCCAUUUCCAUCAGCGAGGACGCGGAUACGCCCACCAGCUCCACCUCGGCUGCUGCGGCGGCGGCUGCCCAGCGCCGGAACAAGAAGAAGCGGAAGGUGAGCCGCAGCAACAACAACGGCCUGAACAGUUCCGGCAGCGGCGGCAGCAACAACAAGCGGCGGAAGAGCAUCCUGGUGGAGUCCGACGGUGAGUCGCACGCGCUGACCAACUCCGAGUCGGAGGACCAGGUGGUGCAGCACCACCACACGGGAUCAGAGGACCAGGCGGCGGGCAUGCUCCUGGCCUUGGCGCAGAACUCUGGCCCGGCGUCGAAUGAGGCAUUCAAGUCGCCAUCGUCGCAGUCCCAGGGCACAGCCGUGAGCAGCGCCUGUCUUCUGAUCGAAGCUGCCAUGGGGCCGUUGGAGCAGCAGCCAGAGCCCAUGGAGCAACCGUCGUCGUUCAAGUUCCCGCCCGGCGGGGCCAAGACCAAGAAGACCCUCAUGUCCAACUGGUUCCAGCAGACGGAGUGCGAGCAGCAGCCCACCUCCGGACUGGACAGCCUCGUGCAGGCCGCCAUGAGCGAGAUCAACGGGGACCGCGAGCAGAUGCAGGCGCAGUCCUCGCCGGCUCCGGCCCUGCUCAAGGUGGAGCAGUUCAUCCACCAGGCGGAGUCGACGAGCACGGUCACUCCGCGGGAGCAGCUCCAGCUGCCGUUGCAGAACAACUCGGUGAAGAAGCGGUGGCUGCGGCAGGCCAUCAGCGAGGAGACCACGCCGGACGAGCAGCAACAGCAGUCGUCGACGUCUGCCACACCCACUCCCACCCAGCCGACGCCCAGUGUGUCUCCGUUGGCCAAUGGAUUCAGCACACCCCUGAAGAAGCGCCGCCUGGUGGUGAUCAGCAAUGGAGCGAGUGCGGAGGCGGAAGACCCCCAGAUCGAUGUCAUCGGCGAGCCCAAGGAUGAGGCGGACGAAGAGAUCGUGAAGAUAGAAGCGGACGUGGAUCCGGAACUGAACCACCAGGAGCAGGACGACGAUGUGGAUAUCUUGCGGUCACCCAGUCCGGGAACCCACCAAAUCAUAGCCGAGGACAACCUGGUGAAGAUCGAGCCCGAGGAUACGAGCCCCGCGGCCAACGACGUGAAGAUCGACGUGGAGCGGGAGGAGAGCCAGGCCUGCGACAAGUUCGAGGAGAUGGUCAAGGUGAAGCGCGAAGAGGAGGAGCAGCGCGAGCAGCAGAGUCAGCAGGAGCAGCAACUGAACCGCGAGCCUGUUCAGCCCAAAGUGGAAUCGCCUCCAGUGGAGCUCAAAGUGGAAGAAGCUGACGUUAAGGUGGCACCCAAGUUGGAGGCAAGUCCCGAGAAGAUGGCUCCCAAAGUGGAAGCUGCCAAGGAUGAACCCAAACCUGGCGAGUCGCUUCUACGGGCGACAGCCACGGCCACUGCUGCUGCGGCGGCCACUCUGCUGGAUGUGGGCAAGGUGAUGCUCAAGACGAGGACGCCGCCAUUCAAGGCUGAGGAUGAGCCCCAGAAGAAGAAAUCAAAGGUGGAACCAGUGGCUGAGGUGUCUGUUGCACCGACCGCUCCUGAACCUUCACCUGCGCCAGCUUCUGCUACAGCUCCGGCUUCUGUUCCAACUCCAGCCCCUACUCCCGCUCCAGCUCCUGCACCUGCUAGUACCAAAAAUCUCAGCGAGCACGACAUACAGGAGCGUCUGCUGUCCUUCCAUGCAGCCAACAUCUCCUUCCUUCAGUCUCGGAACAAGAAAGCUUCCUCCUCGGCCUCCUCCAGUCAGAAGAGCAGCGUCAUUAGCACCGCUGUUACUGCUGUGGAGCCGAAGAAGGCGUCCAAGGAGAAGGACGAGAAGCGGGAAAAGGAGAAGCAACUGAAAAAGGCAAAGAAGGACAAGAAGAAGUCCAAGGAAAAGGACAAGGAGAAGGAGAAGGAGAAGGACAAGGCUGCCGCCGGGACACCCAACGUGGCGGAGAUCAAGAAGAAGCCAUCGCAACCAGCCGCCAAGGCAGCAGCCGACGUCAAAUCCCUGCCAGCUCCCAAUGCUGUGCCACCAGUGACCACGGCGAACGGCAAAACGAAGCAUGUGGAGCCACCCCAGCAGCAGCAGCAACAGCAGAUGAGGCGUCGAACCAUGUCCAUGUGCGUGACUCCCGUCACCCCUGCGGCCCCCGUUUCAAUGCCAUCUCCACUGCAUGGCACUCCGCCGACGGCGAAGAAGCGGCAGACCAACUUCGAGCAGGAGCUGACCAAGCCGAACAGCCAGAUCCUGAGCAGCAGCAUCCUCCUGAACAGCAGCAAGACCCAGAACACGCCGCUGACAGCUCCGACACUGUCCACGGUGCAACAUCAGCACCGGAAGGAGAACAACCACCAGGAUGCAAAUCCCAGCAGUGGAUUGGCGGCAGGAGCAGGAGCUCCCAUGAGUCUGGCGGCGGCGAUAGCCAGUGGAAAGCUGACGGCCAUCAGCCGGCGGCGGGAGUCCAUGUGCGGCAGCCGGCAGCAGCAGGCGCUCAUCGCGGCUGCCCUGAAGAAGGAGAAAAAGGAGAAGAAGAAGAACAAGAAGAAGGAUCGGGAGAAGCAGAAGCACGAGAAGCAAAAGGGCAAGGAUAAGGACCGGGAAAGGGAUCGGGACAAGGACAAGGAGAAGGAGAAGGAGAAAGACAAGGAGAAGGAGGGCAAGCAGAAAGUGGUGGUGAACCACAUCCAGAAGCCGCCAACCCUGGUGCCGGUGGCUGCCAGUCCAGUUCCAGCUCCGCCGGCACCCAGCCCCAUCUCGGUUGUGACGCCCAAAGCAGCUCCCAUUCCAGUGCUGAUCACUCAACCCACUCCGGCUGCCGCCUCCCUGCUGAAUAACUGCGCGCCCGGAAAGAUCUCCACGUUGCCCUUCUACAACACCAUCUACGGCAAGUUGCAGGAUCCCCCAGCGGCUGUCAGUGCCAGUGGUGGCAGCAGCAACAGCAUGCCCAGCCUGGCCGAGUACCUGGAAGCCACCAAGGCCAAGGCAACGGCUCCGCCGGCGAUCAAGCUUCCGGGAGCUGUGCCAGUCACCCCACCGCCAGCACCACCAGCUGCUGCUUCUGUGGACAUGCCCCCACCCACGACCACCCCCUUGAAGCUGUACACCCGGACGGCCAGCCACGAUCCGCGGCUGAAUCCCAAGCUCACGGUGCCGGAUCCGAUGCCCAUGCCCAAACGGAAACUCUCGAUCAGCGAGUACAGGAUGCGACAUAGGCCUUCGGUUGACACGGCUCCUCCCACCACUCCCACCACCCCCACAACGCCCACCACUCCAACCACACCAACUGGUUCCGGUGCGGACCGGUGCUUCGCCAAGCCCCAAACCAUCAACAAGUGCUCGCUGCAGUCGCCAGAGCGCUACCAGGCGGCGAUGCGAGAGCGCCGCAACUCGAUCAGUGUCCACCACCAACCUGUCGGCCUGAACAACAACAGUGCUGGCGGCAGCAGCAAGCUGGGCGCAGUCAAGGGCAGCGGCAACCACCUGCAGCAGGCGUUGGGAGUCACGGGAAGGCUGUCGGGGAAGAGUGCUGGGCUGGAUCACCCUACCACCACUCUGGACACGGUGAACAGCAUACUGAGCACGGCCCAGAAGCUGCACAUGUUCGACGACAAGCCAAAGGGUGGCCACUUUAAUGCUGCACCCACGUUGCUGGAACAGCAGCAGGAGAAGAUGAGCGAGCGAUCGCGAUGCCUGCAAAGGACUAUAUCCUGCGACUCGCGGGUGAUAGAACGCUUGGGCGGAGGAGCUGGCGCAGCGUGUGCCUUGGAGAAGGUGACGACGGCUAGACGAGAUGGCAUAUGAGGCACAAUUCAAAGACAGAUGAACAGAGAAACAUAAUCCCAGUCAGAAAUACGAAGAGUUAACAAUCCAACAUCGACCGGCUUGGUCUAGAGCUGCGAUGGAAUCACAUUUUCUACAUGAGAUACUCACUUUCCUUAUAAACCAAACAACACGAAAUGAAUCUUACUUUGUGUUGAUUACCUUAAAAACUAUAUUUAUAAUUUUUAACGCCCACUAUUGAGAUCAGGAAGCCUACAACAGAAUCACCAAACAAGCCAAUCCAAUCCAAUCAAUGAAUAUUAUGAAACAGAAAUACUUUGCUUAGCAAAUACCUACAUAUAUGGAAUAGAAACGUAUAGGAAGGGUGUUCUACUAAACUAUUUAGUUAUGUAAUAGUCUCGUUUUUGUCGUAAAUUAAUUACCAGCAAGAAAGCAUAAGAAUAUUUAUGUACAUACAGUAGAAGAGCCUCUAUAUAGCGCGAUAUACACAUUAACUUACCUAGCUAGUAGAUACAGAUUAGGCAGCAAAACUUGAAGUUAUACAGAUGUUGGAGCAAACCUUGAAUCGUUUAGUGAUUAAAUACGUAUUUUUAGUUAAGUUACAAGGCUUACAAGCUAGUAGUAGCGAAAGGGUAUAUCUUAUAAUUUGUCAAACUUUUUGUUUCUGCUUUUGAAAUACUACAAUACUUAUAGCCAGUCUUAAAAAAAUGCAAGCAAUACUAAAACAAAACUAAAGCUAUGGCUACAAAAAAAAACAAAUGUAAAUAAUAUUUAUAAAUAGCAACAAAACAACCAAAUUAAGGGAAAAAAACAAAUGCAAGCAACUUGUUAAUGUUGUCAGAUUGUUAAGCAAGUAAAGUGUAAGUUAAACAAAGUACAAAUCGAGGGCUAGAACAGAAUUGGGCCGCAAAGACCGCGAUUGCAAAGAGUGUAAAUACUGACAGAACAGAACAACAAUUUUCCGAAGCCAUUUUCGUAACUAGGGCGUAAGUCUCCUCCCCUAAUCCUAAACACAAACUAAUAUAUGGGUGUACAUAUUAACUUUUUUAAUUUGUAAACUCAUCGAGUAUUAGUCACUUUUCAUCAUUGAGUUUUGUACGUAUUCGUAUUCUGAGAAAUGCCUCCCAGGGGAUGUAUCUUUUUCGAAUAGAUCCCUUGGGGGAAGCAUUUCACAUCUUGAUUGUGGAAUUUUUUACCUUAUUUUUAAACUAAAACACGAAACUUUUAGAGUGAAAUUAAACUCAUUUUUGACCCUGUGAACAUAUUUGUUGUCCUAUGCACUUUUGGCGGGACUUUUCUGAGAGAAUAAGUAAACACACAAUAUUUAGCCAUAAGUCGUGCAACAUUUUUUAACGUAUGUUUUUAAGGAUAAUGUAAAGAACUAGGCCUAAGUUUGUACAUAAAUAUUACCUUGUAGUCUCACCAUUCUUAUAAUUACCAUUUAAGCAAAAAGGAGUUGGAUUCAUGGCAAGCCUUGUUUUUUUUUUUUUUUAACUUAGCUAACUAAGCAUAAAGUUAAUUUUAUUUUCUGUAAAUAUGCAAAUAAAACACUAAAGAAUAAGUGUAAAAAAUACUUAAAUCAAGUGUAAUAAGCCGAUUUUAUAAAACGCAUAUGUUGUUACUUUUUAUUAAGCGAUGUAUUAUAUAUACAACCCCAUAUACUAUAUACUUCUAGUUAUCUAUAAAGGCAGAAAGGAAAUCCGAAUUGAAAAAAGUUUGCAGUUUUCGUAAUACCACAUUUUUGAUAGAAAUAGAUUAAACCACAAAAACACAAAACACACGAAAUUAUUUAUAACUUAUUUGAGAGAAGCAGAAAAUAUAUCUAAUCUUAAUCAUCAUUUUUACUCUAACCUUAGAUUCUUUGUAAGUGCGAAUUUGAAUUGUAAGCGUAAGCGUAAGCGUAGUGGUCUAGCAUUAAGUCCAACUUGGUUUAACUGAUGUAAAUUAAAUACGUUAAUUGUUUAUUAAACAGCCAACACACACAACACACCACGAGAGCAGGUCCCAAACGAGUCGCUGGACAACACGCUUCGUCUGUAAAAUACAUUAAAAACUAAAAUUCUUUACCAAUAAACAAAAAACCGAAAAACACGAAUAAA